UAAAAUUUUUAAAAACAUGAUGGGAGAUACCGGCAUGGCGGUCAAUUUAGGUGCCAGGGUGUGGAUGCCAUUUAGGGAGCUCAAUGGCAUUGUUGAGACCGCAGUUACCAAGCGCCAACCAGGGGCUGUACAUGACCUGGAGAUGGCGUUACGCAAGCACAAGCCAGACUUCAUUUCUCUUCUUAAGAGACCGGCGAAAAAUACAACGCACAGAGAUCUGGUGAAGAAGUCUACAACAGAGGGCAUCGUAGUGCAAGGUGAACAGAGAAAACAGACAUUCACACAGCAGUUUGUUGCAGAGGCUCUCAUUCUUAGUGACGUUUUUGACCUCAAUGAGCUGGCGGCUGUGGAAUUAUUAAUGGCAGGUGAGGUACAGUUGCCAAACUAUCCAGGCCUGACCAGAGGACUGGUGGCUGUCCUUCUCUUUUACGACGGUCAGCGCAGCCUGGUCAGCGCUCUGCGAGCCCUGGCUCAAGCCAGAGAGGGCCGCACGUGGACAGUCGGGGUGACCCCCGAGAUACAGACACUCAUAAAUGACUUUGUGGAUCAACUCCUACAGGGUGGUCUCGUAGGCAGUAUACUUGAUCUGAUCAAGUCCAUGGUCAUUGUCAAGGAAAUGGAUAAGCUGCAGAAAGACAGGGCCCUUGGGCCCCCAAAGCAUAGGAAACAGGUAACAGAUCUGUACACUGAGAUCCGGCAGACUUUAGCCGACACUAUCUUUUGCCUGGCAUGUCAGCGGCCCCUCAACAGGCAAGACACUCUACGUCUCCUGGCCUACCUGAGACAAGAGUCCAGUCUGGGUGGGGAUGAGACCUUGGACAAGGUCAACCUCAGUCUUCUGCAGGCCCUCUGGUACUGCUUUGAUGUCAGUCUCCUGCAGAAGGAGGACUCCGAAGAGGUCCUGUCCCUGUUGCCGGUGCUGAGUGACCAGAACUACAUGCAGGAAGUGCACCAGGAGCUGGUGUCCGCACAGACCUGGGGCAUCCCUGGACUCAAGGCUGCAGCUCAGUUCGGCUGGGCCAUCAUGCUCAGACAGAUUUCUCAGUUCAAUGUUGGCAAUGGUGGUGCUGGCAGCAGUGACUGUUGUGAAGACGAUGAAAGGCUGAUAGACCUUGCCUUGGAGGGAAGUGUCUUCUACUUCCUCAGCAACUCGGUGGUGGCUUGUCAAAACUUCCACACAGAGGAAUUUUAUCUACGUCGCUUACAUGGAUUGAUUUCAGACUUCAUUUACCAGAUGCCCUUGAAGACGAAAGAGCUGAGGAAUAGAGGAGACGAAAUGAGCCGCAUCAUCCUAGCUCACCAAGCCGAAGGACUAGAGCCGCCAGUACAGAGGGGGGAUCUUCACGAGUUUAUGACCUUUAUUGGAGAUUUGUACAUCAAGGAUCCCCUCAAGCUGCAGCUGGCCCUUGAGUAUUGGUGUCCCCCUGAGGCAACGCCAGGUGCUGCAGAUACGAGUGCUGUCUUCAGGCCUGACCCAAAGCAGAUCGCCCUGUUCAAAUUUGUGCGUGUUGCUGGAGACCUUCUGCCUGCUCCUUUGUUUCUGCCAUACCUCCACAUGCUGACAGGUCUGGCCACAGGGCCCCAGUGUGCUCACCAUUGCUUCAGUCUCCUCCGGGUCAAUGGUGGACAGGCGAACCCUGUGUCGUGGGACCACAUCUUCCACUCCAUCCACCAGUACUACAGCAGCCUGAGGCAGGAGGCCUACAGCGUCUCCGACACUCAGGCCGUGCCCUACAGAGCCAGCGCCGUGCGCAGCAUGACCCCACAGGAGCUGGAAGCUGUCUGCUCGGUGCUCAAACUGACCCGACACAUUGCUGUCUUGAAUGAGACGUGUCGCUCGGCCUUCUGUGAGAACCAGCAGUGGUCAGUGGUCAUGGUGCUGUUUGGCCUGUUGGGCUGCAGUGUGACUGUCCAGAUGAAGGGGGAGCUAAUGCGGACGUUGGCGGCUAUUUCACAGACCCCGGUCUUUGCUGCUACCAUCUGGCAGACUUUGGAGGCUUCUCAGAUUCUGCCCACCACUGUGGCGUCCGGUGAGCAGCCCGGAGGGUUCCGUGUGGAGCUGGAGGAGGUGGAGAGCCGUAACGAAGAGUACCCUCUGACCCGUGGCUUCCUUGAGCUCAUGGGCUCUCUCACCCUGUUCCCCGUUCCCAUGGGCCUAGGGGCCGGCACUCGGUCCCCAGGGUUCGAUCCGUACCUGGAUUUCAUUCUCAACUCCAUCCUGCUCAAGUACAACACAAGAGCUUACAAAUCAGCCGAAGAAAAGUGGCAGCUUGUGUGUGGCAGCCUGGAGGUGCUGGUCAAGUUGCUGACGGACUAUGAGCUCCAGAGCCAAGACCUGCAGCAGGACACAGUGGACGUCCCGGGCCUUGGGAUAGUACCGGCCAGCAAACAGCCAGGCUUCACCGUGCUCUGCCUGCUGCUCAGCGACUCCAAGCUGUUCAAGACUGUCCAAAUGAUCCUGGAGGAGGCAGUGGCCAUGUUUGAGCAGUUUGCCCCUUUCCCUGGAGACAGUUAUCUUGAGCGAGCGGCCUUGCUAUGUCUGCAGCUUUUGGAGGGGGCCACUGACCGCCAGGGUGCCUUAGAGACCCGGGUGAGGGAAACGGCCUCACCCCUCAUGAUCUCAGGCCUUGAGCGACUGCUGUUGGCCAUCAACCCCCGCACGCGCAAGGCUGACUAUCUGGUGAACAUUACCAAGUUUGUAGUGUUCAACACGACACUUCCCAAACACACUCUGUCAGCCGUGAAGAUCUUGUGUCAUGUGUGCAGGGAGACACCGUCACAUUCUGACAUCAUAAACCUCUUCACAGCCGAGAAGAGAGUGAGUGCGGAGCUGUUGCAAGGCUUUGUGGAAUGUCUCGACUCCAACACUGCGGAGCUGGCGGAGGAGCGAGCCUCGGCUCUCCUCUCGGAACCAGAAAGUGACAGUGAGAGUGGGGAGCCGCUGGUGCAGAACUCCAUCUGUGAGCACAUCAUUCAGCUGAUGCUGGUGUCCUUAGACCUGGCAGCACCUAACCUGGCCCACUGGUUACUGGGCUUCCACCUACAGAAACCCGUCAUUCGCACAACCCUGCAGGACCCUGGUGUCCUGGAGUCUCCCAAGACGUGCCUGCACUCUGUCCUGACCCUCUUGGAGCAAGGCCUGGGUUCCCGCGAGGGCCCCACCUGUCUUCUGGACCGGCCUCGUCUCGCCGAGCUGGGCUAUCACUUGAUCUACGCCCUGUGUGCCAACAAGGACACGUCGCCACCUACAUUGCGCUACCUGCGCACCACACACGACUUUCUCUUCAAGCAGCUGCAGCAUCUGCCCUUGGACAGUGGGAAAUAUGCCAAUGAUGUGUCUGACCAUCAGGCGUGGCUGCUGAAGACAGCGGCCAUAGAGCUGCGUAUGACGUCCCUGAACCACCAGCGGUCACACACUCAGAGGCUGGUGCGCCUCUUGCUGGGCGAUGAGGACCAGGAGCUACAUAACGGCGGUUUGCCUGGUGAUGACGGAGAACUCAGCGUGGUGGACAGGGAGUCCAGUCUGUCGCUGACCCUGAGUCAAGCCAACUUGACCACAGGAAAGCAGAUGCGGCAUCGCAUCCUCGGCACCUUGGACACUAUAUCCUUUGAGCACUUCUUCCCUCCGCCACUCCAGUUCACGUUCUUUGACAAGAGCCAGGUGGAGACACUGGUGCGUAGUCUGGAGCGUAAGACACCGGAAGGUGUGUCCUAUUGCGAUGUGCGCGCAUUGCGACACAUUCUUCUGACAGAGCUGGCCAAUCAGCAAGGGCCGAUGGUGGCAGGACAGAGGCCUCAUAUUAUGGAGGAGAUCCAGCUGAUCCUGGAGACAGUCGUGGAGCACAACGAGAGUCGCCAGGGCCUUCAGCGCAAGAAGCUUGCCUUUGAGGCCUGGCGCCAGCUGGUAGAGGUCAUGCUGACCACCGUACCACAGGAGCUGCUUGACGGGGAGCGAAGACAGAGUGUACUCUUUGACCUCUUGCAGGAGCUCUUGGUCAAGGUGUCUGGAGAGGAGGUGAGUCUGGAGGCGACGGCGCUGGUGUCGGACGUCCUUCUGACCCUGAUGGCCAACCUCCGCCACUGUUUCUCCACCACCUCGGCCCCGUCCUCAGCCAGUGCUGGGGACGGCUCGGCCCACCCGUUCUGGACAGGCAAAGGGGGCAGCUCCCGCACGGCUUUCUCUACCUCCCUGCAGGUUGUCCUGAGAGGACUCAUCGACUACAUACUCAAGUCAAGUGGUGGAAUACAGAAGGUGAAGGUCAACCUGUAUGGAGCAUUGCUCUACUGCCUCCAGAUUGCUGCAAAGCCGAAUUCAGAAGAAGAUUCUGUCACAUUGAGUCGUAAGUCUGGCAUGGAGAAGCUGCUGGGUCCAGACAUAGCAGAGUUUGAACGUUUGGCCCAGGAGAACAUGGAGACGAUCGGGGCUUACGGGGACAGCCUGAUGGAGACGUUGUGUCGAGAUGCCUGCGAUGGUCACCAUGUGGGCAGGAUGCUGGCUCUGUCAGUGCUGGACUCCAUCAUCUCCACGGACAGCCAGCGGGCAUGGCUGGGUUUCCUCUGUGGUCGAGGCUACUUACAACACCUGGUCGACUCGCUUGCCUCGGAGGACGACAGUCAGCUCUUGGCUCUGCUCUCCCCACAGCCUGCAAAUCUCAGGCCUCUCUACAUAUUCCAGUCCAAAAUGUCGCUGCUGACUCGGAUUGCUGAAAGUGCCGAGGGUGCCAGGGUGUUGCUGCACGGUGGCGCUCUGGAGAAGCUGGCCGCGUGCUCUGUGCUGAGCCUCAGACCUGAGGUGGAUGAUGGCUUUGGAGAGCUUCCAGAUGAGGAUGAGAACGACCUGUUUCCCAGCCCAUUGGCCCGCUAUAGACAGUUGCUGUUUGUUGUGCUGCGUUUCUGCCUAGCGCUGCUCACGUCGCUGGGUGGGGAGAACAAAGAGGCGGCCACGCAGGUGAUGCUGCUGAUCAUCUCCCAUGGUGAUGUGUUUACCUCCAUCCUGCGCAGCAGAAAACCCGCUUUAAGUGAGGCCUACCUGCGAGAGCUCAGCCUUACCACAGCGGUCAUUGCCAGGGCUAACUAUCACUCCGAUCUUGGGGCUGAUUUGAUGGAAAACGACACUGCCAGCAUGGAGUUUCGGUCUCAGCGCAUGAGGUUACAGGACCAAAUGCUGGCCUUGCUGCCCCACUUCUCCAUGCCGGAGACACUGGUCAAGCAGCUCAACAUCCGGCUGACCGCUCCAGGCAUGUCCAGCCAGGCGGGCACUGACGAGACGGCUGAGGUUCUGCAGCUCUUCCAGGAAGUUGCCUCCAACCUGACAGCUUACUGUCGCAGUCUCAUUGCCAACAUAGGCUCCAGCAGUCUUAACCAGCACCUGUUGUUUGGACCCAGCCUGGAGGAAGUAACUGUUCGAGAGGGCCACAAAACCAGCGAGGUGUCGGUGACGCUUGGAGUUGGCCGUCGCUUGGGUCUGGGCGUGGUGCUGCUGCUGCUUCAGCAGUGUUCUCGCCAGUUCAGCAUUGUCCUGGAGCAGCACCACCAACUCUCGCAAAAGCUGACCGCUCUGGCGGAACUCAGCGUGGAGGACCUCAGAAAGCUGUGUGGAGAUUCGUCCAUUGAGAAGUUGUCAUCGCAGCAGAGGCAGGGGCUGGCCCGCUCUCGGCUGGUGCACGUCCUCGCCCAGAAGUCUCGACAACUUCAGCACUAUGUCUACAUUGUGGAAAACUGCCUGUACAUCAUCUGGCGCCACCUGGAGUUCUUCCUGGUUCACUGCGUACCCGCAGACCAGGGUCACAUGACAAUGCCCACAUUGCUGCGGCAUCAGACUGGGAUUAGAAGGUUAACAGGAGCCCUUGACUCUUCCCUGAACUCGAGUGUGGUGGGCAGUCCUCUGGUGGCCAGUGGCCUGAGCCAGGUGGCUCUGGGAGUCUCUCGUGCCGAUGUUGAACACAUGCGCAGCACGGCGCCCAUAGUGCUCAACGAGGCAUUCUUCAAGAAAGUGCAGACUGUGGAUCAGUGUUUUGGCAAAGAGAGAAGCCACUACAGUUUCUCCGAGGCUAUUGCAAGGCGGAUCAAGCGAGUGCUGAAGCUUCACACAGGCAAGUGACCCAUAUAGUGAGAUGACGAGUGUGUAUGUGUGAGUGCCCAGUUGUUACAUGUUUGUCUGCCCAAAUGCUGGAGUGAAGUGUUUACAGUGACUCAGAAUUCUUUCCUGCGAGUUAAGUCGAUAGUACAUGUCGGCCUGCCAGGGAUUAUGUGUUUAAGUUUAAUGAAUGUUUUUGUCCCCCCAAAAAAUCAUUAUGAUUUGUAAGAUUGUUGGAUAUUUUGUAAAUAACAAUUUAUGAUGUUUAGAUGUAUGAUUGUUUUGUGAAUUUUUGUGUACCCAGGUAUGAGACAAUUUAUGAUGUUCAGUUAACAUGUAUGAAUGGCGGUUGAAUUUUUGUAUCCACUGACAAUUUUUUAUGUUAAUGUAUGGUGAUUGUUUUGACCAAAAGUGUUCUGUGUUUUUUUAUUGAGCUGAAAUAUAUGGGGGGGGGGACUAUAGAUUUUCUUGUCACAAAUAUAGAAUUAUUUCAUUUCCUGAUUUGUUGUAUGGGAUGAAGCGACAAGAAGGUCUUAGCUAAAAUUUGAUUUUGCUUCAAGAUAACUGAAAGUUAAAUAGGGACUGUCCAAAGAGGAUGUCCUUAUUGUGCUCUCUGGCUCUGUUUUUGGGUUGUUGGGUGGUUUUUUUUUACCUUAACUGUAUGAUAACUGUGCUAGAGUCCAUAAGGUUGGUGCAUGUUCUUUGAUUUGUGACAUUCAUGUUUUACAUUGAUUUUUGUGCACCUGUACUUUGUUGUAUACCAGUGCUUUGUUGAUGGCAUAUUAAAUCAUGUGACAAUGACAUAAA